AUGUAAUAAAUAAAUUUUACUCAAAAUGAAAUCUCUCACUAAAAUUAAUUUACUCUUGAUGAAUAAUCAAAAAAAUAUCAAGUUAAAGAGUCAAAUGAGUUAUAACAAUUCAAUCCUUUAGGACUGUCCUUAUAUUUGGAAGCUAAUUGCCAACAAGAUGUAAUAGCAAAACAAUUAUUUUCUCAAAUUUUGAAAAUGAUUGAAGAUAAAUUGUAUGAAAUAGAAUAAAGAUUGGAUAAUCGAGAAUAUUUAAAUGCCUAAAUUAACUUAUUGAAGUUACCCGACUAAUAUGCUGCAUAAGAAUACAAUGAUGAUCUAUAAUCAGAUCAAAUUAAAUAAAGUAUAGAAAAAAAUUAUUUAGGAAAAUUUAGUGAUUUAUCUAAUCUUGACGCAAUUUCUCCUCAAAUAGAACAAAAAUUCGAUAUAGAUCAGAAAUCAUCAAAAAAGCCUUUUAGAUCUCGUUCGUCAGCCGAUAGAGCCAAGACUGUAACAAUUAGAACUGAUAUCAAAAAUACAUCUAAUACAGAUGAAUUAUGUUAAAAAAUGGAAUAAUUUUAGAAUAAAUUAUGGCUAUUAACAGAAUAAAUGAAUUAAAUAUCAUAACAGGAAAGUUAAUUUGAAUAGCUAAUAAAUGAUGAAAUAAAAGAUAGUUAAGAUAGGCUAAUUUAAAAUGAAUAAGUUAUUAAGUAACUAUAUUCAACAAAUUAAGAAAUAACCGAAAAUUAAAGAGAAUUUCUAACACAUUUAUCAUAGGCAAGAUAGGAAAUUAAUUAUUUUUCAUCAGAAUUAACUCGAUUUUAAUAGGAGAAUAAGAUGAUAAUGUAAUAGUUGGAGUAAAAUUAUUUGGAGAUUUAAAAAUAAAUUAAGGAGAAUAAGAAUGAAAUAACUUUAUAAAAAUCAUGUUUAGAAUGUAUUGAUAAUGAUUUUCUGGUGCUUUUAAAGAAAUUUAAAGACUUAUAUCACGAACUUGCCAAAAAAAAAUUUGAUUCUAGCUAAUAAAGGAAGCCUCUUUAAUGA